AAACUAACCCGAACGACAGAUGCUUGACUAUGAUUAAUCAUAUCCUUUGCGACUUUUUGAAGUGGAAUUUUGGAUUGCAUCCCACUACAUUUCAUAAAAAUUGAUUGGCAUUGUCCCUCGUUACCUCAUAUCCUGUUCUGGCAUCGACGACUCGUGACGUUCCUCAAGCGUUGUGGUUCCAUCCUCAUGGUCGUGGAAAAUAUCGACAUGCAGGACGGAUCCAUUAUCAUAUGGAAUACCUGUCUCGGAAAUCCAACGAAAGGGUUAUCAGCCGACCCAAACUUACUUCGCAACAGCCAGUGGUGCAAUCCGACCCCAUACCGGAGGUUUCCGAAGCUAAUAUCGAUCAAAUUAUUCUUGAAUUGAAAUUUCUGUGUCCUGGUCCCAGUACCCGAUCUCGCGCAGAGGAGCUCUGGAUUGCAACCUUCAGAGACCGUGACAGUAUUAGGAAGAAAGGUGAAUUUCAUGAGUAUACGAAACUCUACUCGGUUGGUUCCGCAUUCGAUGGCGUUAUGAUUUCGUUGGAUUUUGACAUACUUCACCCUGGAGCAUUAGAUUUUCAAGAAAGAUUUAUAAUCUUCCAAGACAAGAUUUUGGCAAGAUAUGACAAUCUAUAUCAGCACGUUCAGGAUGAAUUUAUGCGAGCAUUGGCCAUCAUCCGUAUCAAGAACCCGUCACGAGGUGCUAAACGAACAAACCAGGGCAAUGUCGAUAGAAAAAAUCCGUUGGAUGGAAUCAUCGAAUGGGUGGAGGUGGAUAACCCAUUUCCGGUUGUGACUGCCAACACGCCGGUAUUGUACGUGAAAGCAAAAUCGACGGUGUCAUUUUCUGGAAGGAAUCCGUAAUUCCGAUUGCGAAGGAUAUGACGAAUUCCUUUCGCAUUCUCUGUGAAUCAUUCGAGGUCUUCAAUUGCAGCGUGAACCCGACGGACAAGCAGUUUUUUAAGUUUAUUUUCGCUACAAUUCUCGGAAUUGGAACCCUCUCUACCACGGGUGAAAAAUGUAUACGUAGCUUGGAGUAAC